AUGAGUGUGGAGAUUCUAGACGGCGCGACCAUAGUGGGGUUCGUGGAGGACGAGGAAGCGUUCGGAGUGUGUGUGAGGGAGCUGUUCCGGCAGCUGGACACGGACAAGGACGGGCUUCUGUCGUACGCGGAGAUGCUGAAGGAGUUGCAGAGGCUGAGGGUGUUGGAGAGCCAUUUUGGUGUGGACGUGAAGCGUGAGCCGGAGGAGUUGGCACGUGUGUACGAGUCCCUGUUCGUGCAAUUCGACCACGACCUGAAUGGGAGGGUUGACAUGGAAGAGUUCAAGGAGGAAACGAAGGAGAUAAUGCUUGCCAUGGCCAAUGGCCUUGGCUCUCUCCCCGUUCAGAUGGCCCUCGAACACGAUAGUCUUCUCAUGAAGGCCGUUCAACGAGAGUGCUCUCCCAAAUUUUCAGCUUAG